ACAGUCUGACUGGUUUCCCCUAAUUGGAUAACGAACAGGUUUGCAACUAACGCCCCCUUAAGUCUUUAACCACUCAAAUAGUAGCCAUGGGCAUCUGUAAUAUAAGAACCUCUGGUGAAACCACCAAGAGAUGGCCUAAAUGUUAACAGCAGGUGAAUACAGCAGCAACCACGGUCGGCAGCUGCUGCCGGAAACAAGCUUGUCCGAGCUGAACUUGCCCAGAGUUCUCUUUGUCCUGUCUUCCAUGUUAGAGAAGCUGGUAGCUCGGAAUGAAAAGCUUGUGGAUGUCCUGAACCAGCAGCUAGAUGGUCUGACCUGUGGCUCAGUAAGACUUGGUAACAGCUUGAAUACUUUUCAUGGCGUAAGAGCACCAAGCAUAAGCAUACCUAAGUACUUGGAGAGGAUAUACAAGUACACUAACUGUAGCCCCUCCUGUUUUGUGGUUGGCUAUGUGUACAUAGACAGGCUCACACAUAGACACCCCGAUUCCCUUGUCACAUCCUUGAAUGUACACAGGCUGCUAGUUACCAGUGUCAUGGUCGCUUCCAAGAUGCUGGAUGAUGAACAUUACAACAACGCCGUUUAUGCUCGAGUGGGAGGAGUGAGCAAUGCUGAAUUGAACAAGCUUGAGUUAGAGCUACUGUUUCUGUUGGAUUUUAGAGUUGUUGUAAGCUCUGGUGUAUUUGAGAGCUACUGCUUUCACUUAGAAAAAGAGAUGGCUGUGAAUGGCACAGGUAUGAAGAUUGAAAGGGCAUUGACACCAAAGGCUAUGGAAGACCUUGAGGCUGAAAUAUCCGUUGAAGAUAAACAAAGCCCUUCCCCACCUCAAAUUGUACACUGACAUCAUCGCUCGUUGUUUCUGGUCAAUUUUGGGUCCCAUACCCUUCUUUGUCCUUCCCUUCAUCUUCACACCCUCCCACUAAUUGGAUCAUUCAUGGCCCAAUUUCGUUUUUUUCUAUCUCAUGUCCAUGUCAAAGCUUCUCGUACCUUUUGCCUCCUGCAAAAGAAAAAAUAACAGUACCAUAUCAGUCAUACCAACUGUAUCAAUUUGGCUUUCACCACAAAAUACAGUUAUCUUACUUUUUCUCUCUUUUUCAUUUCUAAAGAAAGCUUGUUCUUCUUCAUAGAGAAAUGUUAGCAUAAGAUUCUUAAUUAAAAUUUAUGAAUUCCUUAAUGGAAACAAUCCUUGUA